AAAAGAAGUUUGCAGUCAGCAGCAGAAAUACAUUUAUAUCGUUUCUCUGCAAAUCAUAGUUUUAAAAUGCUCAAAAUAGUAUAAAUUAGUAUAAGACAAGUAUCGAAUAAUAGUGUUUUAAAAGAAAGAUAUUGAACCAAUAAUGAUAACUGCAGGAAUUUCAAGAAUACUAAUCUUAGUUUUCGGUAUUCUUUAUCCGGCGUAUAGUAGCUAUAAAGCAAUACGUACAAAAAAUGUUAAAGAAUAUGUACGAUGGAUGAUGCAUUGGAUUGUGAUGGCUGCAUUUCAAGUAAUUGAGACAUUCAGUGAUGUGUUUCUAUGUUGGUUUCCAUUUUAUUACGAGACAAAAGUUUGCAUUGUCUUUUGGCUUUUGAGUCCGAUGACAAAAGGAUCAUCAAUACUUUAUAAGAAAUUUAUUCAUCCAAAGUUAUCACGACAUGAGCAGGAGAUUGAUGAUUAUAUCAAUCAAGCGAAAACUAAGGGUUAUUCAACUGUGAUACAACUCGGCACAAAAAGCUUCGAUUACGCUUCAAAAUUUAUCGUUGAGACUGCGAUCAAGAGUGCGCAAACAAUAAGAAAAUCAUAUUCGUUAAGUGAUUUAACAGAAACGGAUGGUGUUAAUGAAAUGCAAAAUGUUCCUAUACGACAAAGAACAUCAAGGCCAAAGCAUAAUGCAAUAACGAGAUCGUCAUCGUUGAGUAAGCGGCCAACUAGUGAAAUUUAUUUUCAGGAACUGGAAAUUAAAGACUCACCGAAAGUAACGCAGAAUGAUUAUAACUACGUCCGAUCAAUUGAGGACAUAAGUUCAGGCUAUUCAUCAACAAUGGAUCUAUCACGUUCAGAAUUAUCGCGAACCUCAUCAAAUGCAUCACUAGCAUUACGUAGUAAGAAGUCGAGUCGUGAUAAUAUGUCAAUGUCAGUUUCUUCAACUCUCCCGAGAAGGCGAGCAAGUGAAAAGAAGCAAAUGCGAGCAACCAAAUAAUAAAUACAAAGAAAAAAAAAUUGAUAAAUUAAAUUUGAGAAGAGAAAAGGAAAUGCCAAAAAAAAAACAGCAACAAGAAAACUUUAAUGUCUAUUUCUUUUUAAUCCUUUUUGUUCCCCAUCGAUCAUUAAUCAAGUAUAUAAAUAUAGAAAGGAUCGAAACUCGAGCGACACUGCACUGUAAGAGUCUCUGUGAUACAUGAGAACUCUAGGAAGUAGGUUUCAUUGUAUGCAUCUACACCUAACCUCGAGUAUAUGAGCUGUAUACACUUGGAGUAGUUUUAGGUUCAUAACAAGCAACCCGCUCCUGAAGAAUACGUUGUGCCGCUCGGGAAAGCUGCUAGAAUUUGAACCCCACAUUUAUGAUGGCGGU